AUGGCGUCGAGGAAGAAGGUGUUACUGAAGGUGAUCAUCCUGGGCGACAGCGGCGUCGGCAAGACCAGCUUAAUGAAUCAAUAUGUGAAUAAGAAAUUCUCCACCUCCUACAAAGCCACGAUCGGCGCCGACUUCCUAACCAAAGAAGUCACUGUCGACGACCGCAUCGUGACGCUCCAACUCUGGGACACCGCCGGCCAGGAGCGCUUCCAAUCACUCGGCGUGGCCUUCUACCGUGGCGCAGACUGCUGCGUGCUGGUCUACGACGUCAACAGCUCAAAGUCGUUCGAAACCCUAGACAGCUGGCGCGAUGAAUUCCUCAUCCAAGCCAGCCCGCGCGACCCGGAGAGUUUUCCCUUCGUCGUGUUGGGCAACAAGAUCGACAUGGGCGAGGAUCGGAGGAUGGUCAGCCAGAAGCGGGCGCAGCAGUAUUGUCAGAGUCGAGGGCAGAUGCCGUAUUUCGAGACCAGUGCCAAGGAGAGCAUCAACGUGGAGCAGGCGUUUGAGGUGAUUGCCAGGAAUGCCCUCGCGCAGGAAGAGAGCGAGGAGUAUGGUGGCGACUUUUCAGACCCGAUCAAUAUCAAUCUGGAUCAGGAGAGGGACGGUUGCGCUUGCUAG